UAGGAGGAAGGGCGGGGCUCCCAACGGUGGCGGCUGGUUCUGCGCCGGAUCCGGUAGAGGAGCGGCCGCCAUUGUGCUUCGUCGCCGACUGCUUGGCUGCAUCUGAAGGCCGAGCACACUGAGGGAGGCAGCUGUGUGACUGCCGCGAGCCCGACGCGUCCUGCCGAUUGCCGGCUGGAGGAGAGGUCAGGGUUGCAUCAUUAAUUGGACUGAUGUUUUUGAUAGCCUACAUGCCUGGCGUUUCUGAUAUGAUUUGAUAUGUCCAUGUAUCCAUGAUUUAAUUUGCACUGGAUGGGGGUUAAUUUACAGAGGAGUGGGCAUCCCCCAUUUAUGUUGGCACGUUUCCAAUAGACCAGUUGAACAGAUGACAGUGAGAAACCGAAAGGAGAGACACUUCCUCAACCUCCAGCCUCACACAAGAAAGAAUGGAGUCUAAACCUUCCAGAAUUCCCAGAAGAAUUUCUGUUCAACCCUCUGGCUCCUUAAGUACUAGGAUGAUGUCUGGAAGCAGAGGAAGUAGUUUAAGUGAUACCUAUCAUUCUAGAGACUCAACAUUUAGACUGGAUUCUGAUUAUCAGUCUGCAUCAGCAUCAGCAUCUGCAUCACCAUUUCAAUCUACAUGGUACAGUGAAUCUGAGAUAACUCAGGGUCCACGCUCAAGAUCACAAAAUCAGCAAAGGGAUCAUGAUUCAAAAAGACCUAAACUUUCUUGUACAAAUUGUACAGCUACCUCAUCUGGGAGAAAUAUUGGAAGUGGUUUAAAUGCAGUAUCAGAUUCUUCUUGGAGGCAUAGUCAAGUUCCGAGAUCUUCAUCGAUGGUACUUGGUUCAUUUGGAACAGACUUACUGAGAGAAAGGAGAGAUUUAGAGAGGAGAACAGACUCCUCCAUUAGUAAUCUUAUGGAUUAUAAUCACCGAAGUGGUGAUUUCACAACUUCAUCAUAUGUUCAAGAAAGAGUUCCUUCUUCGUAUUCACAGGGAGCAAGACCAAAAGAGAACUCAGUGAGCACUUUACAGUUGAAUUCAUCAUCCACCAACCACCAGUUGCCUUCUGAACAUCAUACAGUACCAAGUUCUAGGAGCUCCAACAGAAAUUCUUUCAGAUCACAUUUUUCUCCAAGACAAUCAGAAUCUUUUCGUAACAGUUCGCACCCUGCAUUUUCUUAUAUUUCAGGUAGAGAUGAAACUCCAACUAUAAGCAAUUCAGAAAGGGGUGGUUCAUCUCAAAGAUCAUUUCCAGAGUCUUCUGACAAUGAAGGUAGGCGUACAACCAGGAGAUUGCUGUCACGUAUAGCUUCUAGUAUGUCAUCUACUUUUUUUUCACGAAGGUCUAGUCAGGAUUCCUUGAGUACAAGAUCAUUGAAUUCUGAAAAUUCUUACAUUUCUCCAAGAACCGUAACUUCACAGUCUCGAAGUAAUGGAACAUCAACUUCUGAAGUUAAUGACAGUAGGGCAUCUGAAGCUUCUCAGGGAUUUCGAUUUCUUAGGCGAAGAUGGGGUUUGUCAUCUCUUAGCCAAAAUCAUAGCUCUGAGCCAGAUUCAGAAAAUUUUACCCAAGAAUCUGAAGGUAGAAAUACAGGACCGUGGUUAUCUUCCUCACUUAGAAAUAGAUGCACACCAUUAUUCUCUAGAAGGAGGCGAGAGGGAAGAGAUGAAUCUUCAAGGAUACCUACCUCUGAUGUACCAUCUAGAUCUCAUAUUUUUAGAAGAGAAUCAAAUGAAGUAGUUCACCUUGAAGCACAGAGUGAUCCCCUUGGAGCUGCUGCCAACAGACCACAAGCAUCUGGAGCAUCAAGCAGUGCUUCUGCGGGUGGCUCCACACCAGAUUUGGCUCAAGGUGGAAGAAAUACAGGAAUAACGGGGUUUCUUCCCGGUUCCUUAUUCCGAUUUGCAGUUCCACCGGCACUUGGAAGUAAUUUGACCGACAAUGUUAUGAUUACUGUAGAUAUUAUUCCUUCAGGUUGGAAUUCAUCUGAUGGAAAAGGUGAUAAAGCUAAAAGUGCACCUUCAAGAGAUCCAGAAAAAUUGCAGAAAAUAAAAGAGAGCCUUCUUUUAGAGGAUUCAGAAGAGGAAGAAGGUGACUUAUGUAGAAUUUGUCAGAUGGCAGCUGCUUCAUCCUCUAAUUUACUGAUCGAGCCAUGCAAAUGCACAGGAAGUCUACAGUAUGUCCAUCAAGAGUGUAUGAAAAAGUGGUUACAGGCCAAAAUUAACUCUGGUUCUUCAUUAGAGGCUGUAACUACCUGUGAACUCUGUAAAGAGAAGUUGCAACUUAACCUGGAGGAUUUUGAUAUUCAUGAACUACAUAGAGCUCAUGCAAAUGAACAAGCUGAGUACGAGUUUAUCAGCUCUGGUCUCUACCUAGUUGUGCUACUGCACUUGUGCGAGCAAAGCUUUUCUGAUAUGAUGGGAAACACAAAUGAACCAAGCACACGUGUCCGAUUUAUUAACCUUGCAAGAACUCUUCAGGCACAUAUGGAAGAUCUCGAAACGGUAAUAAGCCAGAUUCUACUCAGCUUCAGAGGAUGAUUCUGAAGAAGAUGGAGACCAUAACAGAACAUUUGAUAUUGCCUAACUUCGUUUAAGACAAAUGGAUGAUAUGUGAACAUGUUAAUUAAAACUGGCAAUUACAUGAAUAAUUUUGUGAGGGAAUGCCUGUUAGCUAUAUUGACUAUAUAAAAAAUGAAUAUAUAUACAUACGUGUAUAAAUGUAAAUAUAUAUUCAUUCUCAAAUGUUGCUGAAUUAAAUUCUGUGGCUGGACCUUUUUAACAUUGGCCAGCAAAUCUGAUGUUUAUAAUAUGUAAUCAAAAGCAUUUUUCUUUUAGGUGAGUAGGAAAGCAUUGCCCUUGUUUUAAAUAUCUAAGCAUUGCUCAUCAGCCUUUUUCUGUCUUAUGAUUACUGUAGUCAUAUUUAUACAAAAUUUUGUGUAUUAGUCUCUUGCUAGUGAGAAAAAUCAGAAUGUCCUAUUGAAAUAAAAUGCCAAGUGGCACCUAAUUAGUUUUCUUUUUAAAAUGCCUUAAGUUGCAACCACAUUUUGAUAAUCAUUUAUUUCCAGUGUUUCAAAAAAAUUUUAAAAGAAUAGGUAGUUUUGAAGACCAUUAUUAUAUUAGGUUUCCAAAUUUAAUUUGAAUUUGAAAUUCACUUAGCAAUAAAGUCUAAUUUUUAAAACAAGUAUGUAAAAGAUGUAGAAAUGAUGGAUAACUUUUGUAUUGAUUUGCAAAAUGCAGAUUAUAUUUGAUAGGCCAUGGUAUGUAGGUAUUCCUUUUAGGAAUAUUUCAGCUAUAAACUAUUAUCAGAAUUGCCAGUCAAAUGAUAUUGGUUAAAAAAUUAUUAAAAUGUCAAGUUCACAGAAUAUUUUUUUAAAGCCCACAUUCAGAGUUUAAAACACUGGUUUUCAAUGUGUUUUUUAGUGUUGUCACUUCUUUCUAGAUAAAUAUAAAUAACUAUUUGGGUCCUGGUCAUUUUUAGCUGUAUUCCUUGGAAAUUAUGAGCAUUUAUUUGAUGAUUGUUAAUAUUUUUCAAUACCUUUGCAAAACAGAUGAACAUUACUUAUUCAACAUGAAUGAGUUUGCACUAUGGUCAUGAGUUGUGUAAGCAUCCAUAAUAUUGUAAGUUUCCACUGUCAACACCCUUAGGGUAUACAUUUUUACUUUGAGAUGGUUUCAGAUUAGUCCAAUGUUAAUGGCAACAAACAACUUUUUCAAAACAUACAAAAAAUAUGAUGUAAUUUCUCAAAUGUGAAUGAACAGUUUGCCUACACUUAGUUUGUUGGUCUUAUGUAAAACCUUGGCUUGAAAUAAAGUGAUACUGAUUGAUUUAUUUUA